GUCCACUGCCCCGCGCAAUCCCCCACCUCAACCCCUCACCCUCCAUGAUUCCACCUUAAGAUGUCCCUCCUCUCCCUCCCAAACGAACUCCUCCUUCUCAUCGCGUCAUACCUCCCCUUCCCGCGCGACCUCUACGCGCUAACCCUCCCAAACAAACGGCUGCACACCCUCCUCGACCCUUACCUCUACAAACGCGACGUCAUCGAAAACCACAGCUCCGUCCUCCUCUGGGCCUCGCAACACGGCCACACAAUCCCCGCGAAAAAAUCCCUCGCCGCAGGCGGCGACCCCAACACCCUCGCAGAUGUCGACGAGGGUCCGCUGCACUGCGCGUGUAAUAAGGGAUAUGGCGAGAUUGUAGACCUCCUACUGGCAGCGCCAGGGGUUGAGCCUGAUCGAGUGAGUGCGCAUGGACAGACGCCGCUGUGCAUUGCUGCGAUGCGUGGGAAUGUAGCCCUUGCGCGCAAACUGCUAGGUACCGGGAAAGUCGAGGUGAAUAAGCCCGCGUUCGGCAAUUUCGCGCCCCUGGGUGUUGCGGCUGCGUAUGGGCGGGCGGCCAUGGUACAAUAUCUGCUCUCCGUUCCCGGGAUUGAACCCGACUUGCGGAAUGCGGCGGGGUACAGCGCGCUGACUGUCGCGGUGAACCAUUGGCACGCUGCCGCUGUGGAGCUCCUUGCUGGAGUGGAUGGCGUCGAUUUGGAGUUCCCUGAUCAAAUGGGGCGGUCGCCGCUGUCUGUGGCGGCGAGUAUGGGGGCCGUGGAUGUUGUGAGGGUGUUGUUGGCGUCGGGGAGGGUGGAUGUGAAUUCGCCGGAUGGGGCGGGGGAGACGCCGUUGGGGUGGGCGGCGAUUUAUAGGAAGCAUGAGGUGGUAAAGGUUUUGCUUGCGGUGGACGGGGUUGAUCGGUCCAAAUUGACCGGGAGGCAUCUUAUGGCCCUGGGGUGGGAGAGUAUUCUAUGAGGGUCUCAGUUCGAGUGACUCGGCUGAGGAAGCGGGUCUACCUGUGGCGGAUCUCUGCCGUGCCAACUCAGAAUGGUCUUUGAUACACUAUACACAGACAAGGAUCUGGUGAGAGCGUUACGCUUACGAGAUCCUACCUAAAGCUACGACUCAAGAUGGUCCACUGCAGCGCGCAAUCACAUCCCAUUGCGGACGUGUAGUAGUCCCAUGGCUGCGGGACCUGAGACGCGGGAAAGACGCUGAAGCUGCGCGACCGCAGUGGAGGGAGGGUGGGCACAUCCAUCGCUCAUAUCGUUUGUACUGGAGCCAACUUCCUGCCAACUCGUUCUGUAGCCAGCGGUAUUCACCAAGGAAGAAGUGCGGCCGGCAACAGAGCGGCGCCCCGAAAUAACUAGGAACAGCCCAGGUCAGCAUUGCUCAGAUUCAAUUCGAACCCGAUUGUCCCGGCAUCUGGAUCCCGAGAACUUAACUCGGCUUCAUGAAAUCUUUUGUAUCUCCAAGCACCACCCCACUUCAGCGGAUGCUGGAUGUUGAGAUUUGAACUUCCCAACCAUAGGCGCCAAAAAUGGCCCUCAUCCACCGCCCGGAAACACAAUCUUCGGAAAGCGAAGUCAGCUAAAGGCACGUGGCUGGUGCUGUUGUUGUAAUCAACUGCGUGGCUGGGGAGGCAUAUCAAGAGACCUGGGUAUUUGAUGCCGCCCAAUUUGUACAGCGAAUACGGACGGCUUUUGGACGAUCGAAACGAAAGGGAUGGGGCAACAUAUCAAAGAGGUUGCGAAGCGGCUUGGUUCCCCGCCUGUGAUGAGUAAUAUUCACGGGUGGAUCCUGUACUGCUUGCCAAGUAUCCUCUAGCACAUUAUGGGAGGCACGUUUGAGUAGGCAGCUUCUAUCACUCUGUGGGCGGCGCUUAGCUCCUGGAGUAAGCAGGAAGUGGCAAUGUGAGUCUCUGGAUCCCACAUCAAAUCAUGAAUUAGUCCCCAGCGAGCGAGUACCUUGCCUAUUGUUCCUUGGAGGGUCCUUCCCGUUCCCACGAUUCCCUGGCAUCUUGGGACCUGGUCCCUGAUUCGUGG